AUGGCUCUCAUCAACCCCAUGUACGCCAUCAUCGUGCCUUUCCUCUUCUUGUUCACCGUCCCGCUCGCCAUUUUUGCCGGAAUCACGACGACGCUCGCCUUCACCGUGCUCAUCUUCCGAGUCAUCCUCGUCUACUUCGACUUGGCUCUGUCGUUGCUGCCCUCGUACAUCACCGGACGCCCGCGUUAUGUCUCUUACGCGUCGAAGGCACCGUCAUCCGCCAGCCCUUCUCCAUCAUUAACGCCCACGCGGCGCUCCGGUUCACGUCGUACGCGCCGGCCGUCCAGCGCGUCCGCCCACUCCGUCGGCACGAUUACCCCAAUUUCAGAGUGUGGUGGUAUCGGACUUUUCCCCUCCGUCGGAAUUGACCGGGACUACGAGGGUGUCGGUGGCUGGCGCCUCGGAAACGGUAACGACGACGAGUUAUGGACGACCAUCAAUUCGCGCCUCGAGCUUCCGGAUCGUCAAUAUCAGCGGCACCACCACCGCAGCCCCAGUGGCGGACCUACCACUCCGGGAGGCGGUGACGGCUACCUCAUGAUGAAGGGCGGACGCAACCGGAGUCCGGAAAGCAACCGCGGCGGCUAUGCCCUCGUUUCUCCCAAUAGCUCGAGGGCGAGAACACCGACAAACGCAUCACAUAUCGCGUUUACCGCGCUCGAUGGCGCUGACGGGGACUACUUCCCCAGCUUAUCACCCAAAGCUGUGAGGAAAGUCGCCGUGGCAUGA